AUGUCGUUCGUGGAAUAUGAUCCUCAUCUAGCCAAUCCAACGCAGCCCUUCUCUAAGGUACUAAACUUUUCAGGGAGUUUCCAGGUACCUGAAAACCUCCAGCAAAGUCCCUUUAAGAUAAGUACAGGGUUAUUAGAGUGUGAAUAUAUUGCGAAUUUGGACAAUAGAUUUAUUAAUUCUGGUUACUGUUGGGCGAUCAUGGGGCCAGUAAAGGCUCCAGAUAUCCUGACAAUCAUGCUCUUCGGGUCUCGGAAUGGACUCCAACAUUUUGGAUGUAAGUACCUUGGUCAAGAACGUAUCCUGAAAAUCAUUGUAUGCUUACCUUAA